GCCCCGCCACCACCGCCACCCCUCCGUACGACGGCCGCCGAGCGUCGUUUCGAAUAACGUGCGCAGCGACACGCAUGCGGCCGGCGAUCGGUCAACAGUUUUCAGUCGGCGCUCAUCGCUUUUAGUCAUCCGUCGUGUCGUCGUUCCGUUUCCUCGCCACCAUCGUUCUUCAGAAAAGAAAUCCAACGGCCAGACGGGCUUUUAACGACGAGUUUACUUUUUACGCGUUUGUAAACGUUGUCGUCGUCGUCGUCGUUCUCUCGCUUGCCAUGACGUACAUCUGACGCGUCUUGCCCAUGUCGAAAAAACGUGGAUACGUCCAUGGUCGAAUUCGUUACGUCCGUUGCAUUAGUCGCCUUUACUGUCGUCGUCGUCUUCCGCCACGCGAUAUCGUGGCGUCCGAGUUGUGACCGUGUGUGACUUGUUAUGCCGUGUACGACUCUACUCGCUCUCAUUUAUUUUCUCGAUUGUUCACCGACACGUCGUGCUUGCUUCUUGAUUUCAUCGGUGUUUGUUUUUAUCGAUUGAACUGUGUUAAUUUUUUUCUAAAUCUAACCUAACCACUCGAGAAUGCAACGCAUUCGACAUUCAUCUGUGCACUACUACAAUCCACAUUGUCGUCUCUGAUCGCAUCAUACACCGCGCCAACAUAUUGUAACGAAACUACUGCUACGAGUACAGAAUGAAUAACGAUAUACAUAGCGGUACACAUCUACUACAUACGCUAAAAAGGAUCACAUAAUUAAUGACGAACAUAUAGAAUUAUUUGAAUUACAAUAGAUUAACUUAUUCUAAAUCAUGGAUUUGUCUAUAAAUAAUAAUCAUAACAAACAAAAUAAAGAAUGUCAUAGUAGAACUAGUUUUCAAUCUGAGAAUACUCUAUAUUUUUCUUCAACUGACUACCAAAGCAUGUCAAAUGCACAUUCAAAUUUUUACUUAUCGGCGACUGCUUCAGAUCCAUUAGAGUUUGAACUAUCAAAUGUUGGAAUGGUUGAUACAACCAGUAAUAUUAAAUCCCCUGAUAUUGCAUUUUCAUCAGCUACUACUCCAAAUCUUUAUUCGACUGACUACCAAACAAUGUCAUAUGCAGAUUCAAAUUUAUACUUAUUGGCGACUGCUUCACAUUCAUUAAAGAUUGAACAAUCGGAUGUUGAAUCCGUUGAUACAACCAGUAAUAUUAAAUCUCCUGAUAUUGCUUUUUCACCGGCUACUACUCCACAUUUUUAUUCAACCAACUACCAAAGAAUGUCAAAUACACAUUCAAAUUUAGAGUUAUCGGAGACUGCUUCACAUCCAUUAAAGUUUGAACAAUCAGAUGUUGAAGCCGUUGAUACAACCAGUAAUAUUAAACCCCCUGAUAUUGCUUUUUCACCGGCUACUACUCCAUAUUUUUAUUCAACCAACUACCAAAGAAUGUCAAAUGCACAUUCAAAUUUAAACUUAUCGGAAACUGCCUCACAUCCAUUAAAGUUUGAACAAUCAGAUGUUGGAGUGGUUGAUACAACCAGUAAUAUUAAACCCCCUGAUAUUGCUUUUUCACCGGCUACUACUCCAUAUUUUUAUUCAACCAACUACCAAAGAAUGUCAAAUGCACAUUCAAAUUUAGAUUUAUCGGAGACUGCUUCACAUCCAUUAAAGUUUGAACAAUCAGAUGUUGGAGUGGUUGAUACAACCAGUAAUAUUAAAUCCGUUGAUAUUGCUUUUUCACCGGCUACUACUCCAUAUUUUUAUUCAACCAACUACCAAAGAAUGUCAAAUGCACAUUCAAAUUUAGAUUUAUCGGAGACUGCUUCACAUCCAUUAAAGUUUGAACAAUCAGAUGUUGGAGUGGUUGAUACAACCAGUAAUAUUAAAUCCGUUGAUAUUGCUUUUUCAUCGGCUACUACUUCAAAUUUUUCUUCGACUAACUACCAAAGAAUUAGAGCUAUUAAAACAACUGAAAAAACUAGUCCUUUUAAAUCUCUUUUCCUACCACUGACAACUUCGUAUUCUUCUUCUAUUAAUAACAAAGGUAUCAGCCCUAAAGUUAUAGAGUAUGUUUUAGAGUGCCAAAAGAAUACUGACCAAAGUUUUGUUCACAGAAAGGAUGCUAAUUCUUUUAUGUGCAACACUGAUGAAGAUAAUCCUGUUGACCUAACCUAUGCUGCAAUUACUAAAAAUAAUUAUAAAAUGUUGCUUGAACCACCCAGUAUACCUAAUAUACAACAAAUAUCUAAACCAAGACGGCCAAAUGUAUUAUUAAAAUCUAAUAGAGCAUUGAGAAGAUAUAUACCAACUGUGCUAACAAGCAGACUUCAACCUAUCGAAAAAAAAGCGUUUCAAGAAUCAGUACAUGUAUAUAACUUCAGACAAACUAAUGAGCAAAUAGAAUCAACUACUUCUAACAUUAAGGAAAGUGAUUUUCGUCAAAGUUCUUACUCAACUAAUCAACCAUUUCACUCAAUGGAUGAAGAAUAUUCAUCUAAUACCUUUCAUUCACAAUUAAUACCAAAUCCGGCCUUCAAAACUCCAAAAAAAAAGCUAAUCGGGAAAUAUUAUAUGGAUAUAUCAAUGUUUCCUAAGUUAGAAGCUCUUAGUGACGAGUUAAAUCAAUCUUUGAUAUUAAAAACUGCUUUGGAGAAACCUGAAAAACUUGCAUAUAGAAUGUGCAAUCCUUCAUCUCAUAAUAUACCAUUAACUCAAUUCGCACCUAUUGGAAAUUCUAUUAAACCAGGUAUACCAAAAUUGUCAGCCCAUGAAGUUGGAGAUGAACUUGGUAUUUGUCCUGUAAUAUUACAUCCUUCUAAGCAAUUGAGUUCACAAGUUCAGAUGAAAAGUGAAGCGCUUAUAAAAACUAUUGGAUUUGCACCUGCACGAUCUCAAAUGACAGCUCAAGCGCAAAACCGUAUAGUUUCAACACCAUUGCAACGUUCUAUAAUGGAAUCUCAAAAUGUUUCCCCACUUAUAAUAACACCUACAUCGCAUGUUAUUCACUCUGCUAAUGAAAUUGUUCCUGCUAAAAUUGUUCCAAUACCAACAGCUCCUGCUGUAUCACAUUUUUCUGUAAUAAAUAAGACAGGUUCUUAUGAUAGUAUACCUGAAUACACAGGUAUACGCCCAAGUUUGGUGUCUGGCACGCCACCAGUUUAUACUCAGAGUGAUUUUGCUCGUUUUCCUCCAAAAAGUUACCACCAUAAAAAUGCUGUUGUUAAUCCAGCAGUUAUUCAUGGUCCCAUUCCUGGAAAUAUUGAUGAGCCAUGUAUUAAUAUACCCAAUAGUCAACAUGUAUUUAAACCAAUUAUUUCACCUAGGCCUAGUAUUUUAAGGAAGCGUGAUGCAGAUGGUGUACUUAGAGCCCAAAAAAAUCUAAUACCAAUUUUAACCAAACCUGACCCUGAUGAAGGUCAAAAUACAGACGAAACAUCACUAAAUAGAAAUGGGUUUAGUGAAACUGGUUUACAAUUAGAAUCAAUUAUGGUACCACAAGUACCAGAGGUUAAGUUACUCCCUCAAAUUUCUGCCUUAACUAAGCAAUCACACAUGAUGGUUGAAAUAAGUCCACGGAAAAAACCUCGUAAACAGUUACUCCCUGUUAAUCAAGAAAAUAGUCCAUUUAAAAUAGUUGGCGAUGAUAUGGAGUACGUGGAUGAAAAAUUAAUAAAAAGUGAAAAAUCUGAAGAUUUCCCUGAUGAAGAUUUAAAUUGUAAUGAUGAUUUAAUUGAUGGCGAUGCUGAAGAUGAAGCAGAAGAUGAUUUAGAUGAUAUGGAUGUUGAUGAUGAUUGUCCUGCAGAUGAUGAUUAUGAUGAUGAUGAUGAUGAUUUUGGGAAUGAUUUUGGAGAUGAAUUUGAUUAUGUUAAGUCAGAAAAACCAUUCUUCGAAGAUGUUAAACCAUCUGUAGAAGUUAGUGAUGAAAGCUCAGCUAAACCUAAAAAUAAACGACCAUCAUUAUUAGCAGGUUAUAAAAAUACAUGGCGGGCUUUUCAAACUCAUCAUUUUCAUAGGCAUGCUGAUUUUAAAAUAAAAGAAACUAAAAAGCAAUUAGCUGAUAUGCAGCAAUCUAAAAAAUGGAUGUCCGAUAGCAUAUCAGGAUGGAGAAUACAGCACUUAAUAGAUCAAUUUGAUGAAAUGGUAAUUAUCGAAGAUGACAUAAUUGCAACAAUGAAUCAACUUAAGUCUGAAAUUGAAGCAAAUAUAGAUGAUGAUAGGCUGUGCAGUAAUAUUAUUGAACUCAUUGAAGAUAACAUUCAAAGAAGCAAAGUAUCAAGAGCUCAGUUAGAUGACAUUAGACAUCAAUUGAAAAAAAUAUUUGACUAUAAAAUAUUAAUUGAAGAUGUGGUUGAUAAAUAUUGUCCCAAAGACCUUAAAAAGAAAUAUGCAAAAGUAUUUAAUCUUAGCAAAUUAUAGACGAUUUGAUAUGAAUAAUUUGAUUUACACUGCACACAUAUCCAAGAAAUACCCAAUGAAGUAUAUUUAUUGCAAGCAUAUUAAUGGCAUAGAAAAAAAAUAAUAUUCCAGCUUCAAUAAAAAUUGAAAACGAUUCUAGUGAACCAGUAGAAGAUUUGUUUGUUGGUACAAAAAGAAAAUUGAAAAUUAUUGAUUUAAAAUUUUGAAAAUGUCUGUUGUUUCUUUGUAAGGCUAUUGAACUGAUUUUUUAAUUUAAGAUUUAUAUGAUUCAAAAUAUUGGCAUGGUUACAUGUUGUGUAGUUGGACAUCUUUGAAGUUCAGGUUAAGAUCUUUUUGGCUUCUUUAAAAAAUAUAAUCUAUUAGAAAUAGAAUCGAAUUAGCUGACUUAUACUAGUAAACUAAAUAAUUGGUUAAUGGUUAAUGGUACCUUUUAACAUUGAGGGAAAAUAUUAGUUUAAAUAACCUUAGAAUAAUCAUAUAAAUGGCUUAAUGAUAUUGCUUUUUAUUAGAAUUUGCAUACUGAAUUUAAUGUAUAUUUUAUAUUUAUUUUUCAAACAUGAAGUAUUUAUUUUACAUUUAUCACAAUAGUCAUUAAUUUUUAUAAUUUUUCAAGGUCAUAUAUUUACUUAAAAAAAAAUUUAUUUUGUUCUAAAUACUUCAAAGAAUUUAUUCAUGAAAUUAUAGUUUAUUUGGAAAUUUUGAAAAAAUUUAAAUAUAUUAUAUCUUGUGAUUUUUAAUGUUUAAUUCUAUUAAAACUUUUGGCUCUUUGAAAUUCGUAUAUCAUUCCAGUUAUGAGAUUAAACUACAGAUAUGUUAAAAUAAAUAAAUAAGUAGAUACAUUUUAAAUUGUGUUGAUGAUUUAAAAAUGGAUGGAAACCGCCGUUAAUAUUCAAUACUUGAAAAUGACGUGAAGUCGUCUACCUAAUUUUUUACAACUUGCCACUUAGAGAAUCUAUUCAGCAGUAUUUCAAACUGUUUUGGGUAUUUAGUUAGUGUUGUAUGGUAGAACUUAAAAUGAUAUGGAUUUCAAUUUUCUUGUUUAUUCUAUUUGUUACUGUUUGUAUGUUGCAUAAUAUCUUUAUUGUGUAACUGUAUAUGAGUAUAUUUAUAAAAUUAACAUGUAUUAAAUGUAUGUAUGUAAAGCAACCUUAAUGUUUGUGUUCAAGUUUAUAAGUUAAUGUAUUAUAUGUGUGUUGCCUGUAUGUGUGUAUGUGUAUUAUUAUGUGUUUUGGUGAUUUAUUGUCUAUAUGCAUUGUGAACAAAGUUUGGCAAAGUCUAGGAUUUAGGACCAAGUGUAUAUGAUUGAACAAUUUUUUUAAAAUUUAAAUCACUUACUGUUUGCUACGGCCUAAAUCAAUGAUUUUAUCUGUUCAUUAAUGCAUAUAUCUAUACUAAGCACUAUUUAUUAUAUUUCACUUUUAAUUACUUUGAAGUGUGAAUUAUUUUAUUAGUCGUAAAAUUGGAAAUUCAUUACAUUUUCCUUGUAUUUCUAAUGUAUAUUUAUAAUGUACAGGAGUAUUUAUAAUUGAUAAUCAGCUUAAAAGAUGCACUAGAAAUAUUGAUUGGUCAGAUGGGUUAUUCGAAGUAUUAACUACAGGUCAUGUGUUUAAAAUGUUUUGGGAUUAUGCACUAUCAACAUGGUUGGUGUUGAAGGAGUAAAUAGAAACCAAUGCUCUCGAUUAAUGGAAUAAGUUACAAGGAGAUAAAUAUGUUGGUUAGGAUUGGCCAUCAAAUUCACUUCACCUGUUAAAGAAAGGCCAAACCAAUUUUUAAUUUUAUUAUAUUAUUAACAUUUUGGAGACAUCAAGAAUUUCAUUUUUCUGUGGUUCAAAAUCAAAACUGACAUUCUGAAAAACAUGUGGUUAUAGUAAACUGUCUCUGGAUAAGCUAGUCUUGCAUCACAUUGAGACAUCGUAGCAGCCAAGGAACCUCUAUGUCCAGAUUGCAGUACAUUUGUGCAUUAAAACUGGGUGAUCUAUAGUUAUAACUCAUAAAUAAUAACAGUAUUUUGAACCAAUACUAUUAAUGAAAAUGUUAUAAUGAAAUUACUAAAAUUCAUAUAUUUUAAAUAGGUACCUAGACAGAUACUUAAGUUUAUUGAAAAUUAAAAUGUGGAUAAAUGUACAGUAUAUUACCUCAUAGAAGCUAUUGAUCUCAAUAUUGUAUUAUUAAAUAAAUAAAUUAGCAUGAGUACAA